GGCGCUUCCGCGAUCCGGCCUGCUGGUAUCGAUUCCUGACUUUCAAGAUGGCGCCGCACGUUCAGUAAACAAAUCCUGUUUCUACGCGUGACGACGUUCCCAACUCUAAAACCAUUUCAUUCCCAGCAAAUUAUGUGAAUAGCCAUCAAGAUGCUGGACAGGGAGCACAUCGAGAAUGUGGCAGCAUCUCUCGUAAGGGAAUACUUGAGUAGAAAGGGGCUAAAAUCUAGCCUUCAAUCCAUGGACCAAGAGUUACCGAGAACUGAAAGUAGCAUCAGCAACAGAGUCCAACUGGCCCGAGAAGUCCACAUCGAGAAACUCCUCAAGAAAAAUAAAGAGCAGGAAGAGCCAUUGCGAUCCAUGAUCGAAAUCAUCACCAAAUACUUCUUGGAAAAGGCGUUGUUCUCCUGUGCCAAACCUGAGACUGUUCCCCUCCACGGACAACAGAAUUCAUCCUCCAAUGUCUCCUCGUCCAAGGCAAGGGACAGUGCACCCUCUAGUGGUAAAGAUGCCGACGGCUCCACUGACAGAACUCAACAUGGACUGAAUAAUAACAGUAGCAGCAGUGGUCACAAACACAGGGGGAGUAAAAGAAAUACUUCAGCUAAGACUUCCAACAAGCCACCUGUGUAUGAAACAACUGACUUGGAAUAUGGGGCGGGUCUACCACAGGAAGAUGUAGGAGGCACCUACGGACUGAAUCGGGGAGCGACUCCCGUCAUCACGAUCAGGGAACGACCCAACGUCAAGGAGCCUGAGAACUACCUGGAACCAGCUGAGGAGAGGCUGGUUGGCAAACCGUACACUCAAAGAAACGGUGGCAGCAGCGGGAUUGACUCGAAGGAAGACAUCUUACCUAAGAGGAGUGGCACGCGACCAGGUAGUGCCUCUCGGAGUCGUGGAUUAGGCGGUCCUAUCACAAGCAGUCUUGAUAGUCACAGCAGAAAGAAACCAACCCAUAAGUCCACACCAACCAGGACUGGCCUCACAACCUCCUCAUUUGACCCCAGCCUAGAAGACAAAACGAAGCCUGAAGUAUCAUCCCCAUCGAAUCGGGACAGGCUCAAGGACCUUGGGUUCACGUUUGACUCUCGACCCAAGACUAACUCGGAAGAUUCUGCGACAAAAGCUUCUUCAGAGUCGUCGCAACGGAGGCCGGAGUCACGAACCAGGCGGCCCGUGACAGACACGGAGAUGGGGCUUGGUGAUGAGCUCAUGAGAGACAGGAGUGAUUCCUCGACGGGGAGGAACAAGGCUGAUUCAGGAAGGAGUAGAGGGGCAUCGACGAAGGGGAAACUGGAGGACAAAGGGAGACCAGCACCUGUUAAGCAGGCCCUAGGUGACGUAGAGCUGGGGGACAUAGAUGACCUGGAUGAUGACCUUGGCAAUCUGCAGCUCAAGCCGGCCACUAGAAAGUCUGUCAAGGCUGCUGACGCACGGCCAAUCACACAAGAACAGGCAAUAGAGUUGAAGAAUGUCCUGUUUGGUUCAGCAUCCGGUGCGUUCAAUGAGGAGUGGAGAAUGCAGAGUCUAGGAUUCAGUGACAUCAAUAGGCUGGAGUUUGGCAUCGUGCAACACAAGGGUGGCCCAUGCGGUGUACUCGCCUCCAUCCAGGCCUGUAUGCUACGUCAUCUACUCUUCGGCGAGGGCAAGAUCUCCACGGUAUCAAGCCUCCAGCCUUCCAGUCAGACACGGAGUGAGUGCCUGGCCCAAGCUAUCUGUGACAUUGUGUGGAGGGCAGGGGAGAAGAAACAUGCAGUGAUAGCUAUACCAUCCUCCAGAGCUCAGUUUACAUCAUCCGGACGAUAUAAGACCGAUAACCUGACAGAGAGGUUGGUCUUGAAUCAUUUCAAGAAGCGAGAGGAACUGUUGGAGUUUGUCUUGGGACACAUCGGCGUGUUUGAAUCCAGCACCUCGAGUGGCUGCAUACUGGUGCUGUACUCAGCCAUACAGUCAAGAACAGUGGACAAAGUGAUAGAGGAUAUGGACGAGCCUACCAACAGGUUGAUGGGAGCACAUGGCUAUUGCACACAGGAUAUGGUCAACCUGCUUCUGACCGGCCGGGCAGUCUCCAACGUCUUCAAUGAUAUCAUGGAGCUAGACUCGGGGGCUGAGGACACAAUGGUCCUCAAGGGUGUCAACAGUCGCAGCGAUGUCGGGCUGUUGUCGCUGUUUGAACAUUACGAGUCCUGCAAGGUUGGUAGCAACUUCAAGACGCCUCGCUAUCCCAUCUGGGUCAUCUGUAGCGAGAGUCACUUCAGCGUCUUAUUCUGCCUCAAGAAGGAACUACUGAGUGACUGGAAAGUAGAGCGUCGCUUUGACUUGUACUACUACGACGGUCUGUCCAGGCAACAAGAUGAAAUCAGAUUGAGUAUUGACACAACCCAGAAUGGCCCUGAAAACCACGAGGAUGAUUUAGUCCCGCCGCUAGAGCACUGCAUCCGUACCAAGUGGCCAGAUGCCAUAGUGAACUGGAAUGGAACGGAACCCAUCUUAUAAUGGAAAAGUGGCAAAGGUUGGUGAAAGUAAAGCAGUGAUCAGGCCCGACCAGACGCCAUAGUGAACUGGAAUGGAACGGAACCCAUCUUAUAAUGGAAAACUGGCAAAGGUUGGUGAAAGUAAAGCAGUGAUCAGGCCUGACCAGACGCCAUAGUAAACUGGAAUGGAACGGAACCCAUCUUAUAAUGGAAAAGUGGCAAAGGUUGGUGAAAGUAAAGCAGUGUUCAGGCCUGAAAGAGAAGCUAUGUCACUCAUUGCUUCUCCCCACCCAGGAGUAUAAAUUGGGUACCUGUGAGGGCAGAAAUGGUUAUUGUGAUUGAUUUUAGCUGCUUGCGUCGAACUAGCAGCAUGGAGCUGUAUACUCCCCAGGGAGCUGAGAUUGUCUUUGGAAUGUUUCAUUGGCCCAUGAGCAGGGUAAUAAUGAUGUAGCACCUUGAGCACCAAUACUGGUGGAUACGUGCACUUUAUAAAUAUGCAUUAUUGUUAUUUUUCCUGCACAUUUUGAGUGGAACCAAUUGUUUGAGAUAUUUUUUCAUGCUGAAAAAUUGCAGAGAAUAAUUUGUUUAAUUUUUUUUUUGGGGGGGGGGGAAUUUUUUUGGCCACAUAUGUACUAUUACAUGUAUUAGUUCGAGGUGAUACAAGAAACAAGAUACCAAGUAGACCAGAAGUUGAUAUUUCAGAAGCAGUGACAGAAAUAUCUGAAGUAAAUUCUCUAGUAUCCAGUGCCUUCAUGCUUCAGAAGACGGUGAAUACGUCCAUGCUGCAAGAAUACUGCGAUAAUAUUGAGCUGCAAUUACAAUGAGUUUGACACUUGGUGUUAUGUACUUAAUAGAUUAUACUCUAGUGCAAUAGACAUGUUCGUGUAGGCAUAGCCCUAUCAAAGUGUGUGAUUUAGGUUAUGCAUUCACAGUGCAUCCUGAUACGGUUAGAGGAAUGUUAUCGUAAGGUGAGCUGUAAAUGUAUUCAAACAACAUAAUUUUAAAAGCCGGUUGCACUUCAUCUGGAAAUAUAAAAUGUUGAAUGAUUAGUUUGAAGUGUGGAAUGGUUCUUAAUUUUUACCUCUGUAAUAUUUUUGCCGUUAAAAUUUGCAUUGCAAUAAAACAAUGGAAUUGGAUUUUAAUUUGGAUGUUUGUUAUGUUUCCUUUUGAUGCAAAUUAAUUGGACGUUAAUGCACAUUGGACUAAAUCAUCAUAAACCUAAGAAUUGUAGGUCUCCUUUAAUGCAAAAGGUCCCUCCAGCAUUCAAUAAGAUGUUUGUAUUGAAUUCCCCCACUUCCAAAAUUUCUACAGAUUUCCAAAGAAGUCAGACCCUCAAAAAUUGCUUAUUUUUUUACCAAACAUGCUCAUUUUUACUCAACUAGCACGUGGAGUUUUUGCUUACGCCACAAAGAACUUACUUUCUUAUCCAAAUAGGACACCCAAGGAUGAUCGGGAGAGAUCCAUUUCUCGAACCCAGGUGCUACUUUUUGCUACUUUUUUGUAUCAAAUGUUUUGAAGUCACUUUAUGUUGUGUGGUUCGGUAUUAAACUUUCAAGACUUAACCAUUUAAUAAAAAGCUGCAAAGUAAACGGGUGUCAUUAAUUUACCAA